UAUCUCGCAAGGUGGCGCCAUUGAUCGGUGAUUGACCCCAACGUGACCCCAAGAUGGCGACUGAGCGCAUGUGAGAACAUGCUGGCUACUGUUUGUGGAAGCUUUUUCAGAAAAUUACGGGUCCUCGGCAAAUAUCCUGAUCAUCCGGACUUUUAAAUUGUUCCAAGGAAAGAAGCACCUCCAAGAUGAAGCACAAGCACACGUCUAAAGCUGACUUUGUGCGAAAGAAUAAGAAGAAAGCACAGACUGAUGUUAAGUCCAACCCCUUUGAAGUGCGGAUCAACAGACAGAAGCAUAACGUCCUGGGGAAGAAGCUGCGCAGGUUUGACAAGGGCAUGCCGGGCGUCUCAAGGUCAAAGGCCAUCAAAAAGAGGAAAGCCACCCUUCUGCAAGAGUACCAGCAGCGAGACAAGCGGAACCAGUUUGUGGACCGGCGACUCGGUGAGAACGACCCUGAGAUGACGUUGGAAGACAAGAUGCUGCAGAGGUUUGCCAUGGAGAGGAAGACUCACCAUGAGAAGGCCGGUGCCUUCAGUCUGAAUGAAGAUGAGGAGUUGACCCACUUCGGCCAAUCCCUGUCUCAGAUUGAGAAGUUUGAGGAACCAGAAAGCGAUUCUGAGGAUGAUGCCACUGGAAAACUCUCAGGUGAAUAUGUGAAGGAGGCUCAUUUUGGAGGGUUUCUGACCAAGAAAGCAUCAAAAGACAGUGGGGAGGAAAAGUCUGACAAGCCAAAGUCAAGACAAGAAAUGAUAGAAGAAAUCAUUGCUCAGUCCAAGCAGAGAAAGCAUGAGCGUCAAAACCAGAAGGAACAGACUGAUGACCUGAGGGAAAAACUGGACCAACAGUGGACAGACCAACUUCACAUGCUGGUCAAGAAAACAAACAAGAAGGAGUCACAGCCCAAGGAGGACAAGGUCAAGCCUGAGGCAGAUGACUAUGACAUCAUGGUGCGAGAACUUGGUUUUGAGAUCAAGGCCAAGGCUUCUGACCGACUGAAAACAGAAGAUGAGCUAGCCAGAGAAGAACAGGAGAGAUUACAAAAGCUGGAGGCUGACAGACAGUUGAGAAUGAAAGGUCUAACCCAGGAGGACAUCAGACAACAGCAGCAGAACAGACAUGUGUCUGCAGAUGAUCUGGAUGAUGGGUUUGACUUCAUCAGACCAGAGAGACUUCAGCUAGCCUACAAAGAUGGGAAGCUGUUACUGCCGGAAGGAAAAGAGCUGAUGCCAUCAACUUCUGAUGCAGAUCAGAAACCAAUCAGAAGGAAGCAUCAUAGUGAGGCUGCAAGUGGAUCUGAAGCUGACCAAUCAGAAGAUGAAGACAAGGAGGGUCAUUCUGAUGAAGAGAAUUCUGACCAAUCAGAAGGCGAGGGCAGUGACCAAUCAGAAGAGGAAGAGAAAGAUGAUGAUGGCUCUGACUUAGAAUCAGAGAGGUCUUCAGACAAUGAUUCUGAGGAGGAACAAGAAGAGGAGGAGGAAGACAUUGAUAAUGAAGGAAGUGAAGAGGAGGUAGAAGAGGAUAGAGAAGAGAAGGACAAGAGAGAACAGAAAACUCAAGCAAUGGAGAAGACAAGUAUAUCCAAAAAGGAAAGAAAGGCUAUAGCUGAAGCAGCCAAAACAGAACUUUCCUUAUACUUUUCACCAGAGUCUUUGAAAGACCUUAUGGAGCUGCUGGAAGGACAGUCGUAUGACAGACAGCUACUCAUCAUGAACAGGAUAAGGAAAUGCCAUCAUCCUAGUCUGGCGGAAGGUAACAGGAAAAAACUGCAGAAUCUGUUCUCUAUCUUGCUGGAGUACUUUGGAAAGCUGGCCAAUCAGAGCCCUGUUGCCAUGGAGAUGAUUGAUGGGUUAACCAUCCACCUGUAUGAGCUGGCCCAGCAGUCCCCAGGCCCUUCUGCUGACACUGUACAGACUGUGCUGAAGAACAAGUACCACAAGUUUGACUCAGUCUGUCAGAGGAAGGGGAGGGCCGUGUAUCCUGCUGUGGACACUCUGUUGUUGUUCAAGCUGGUAUCAGUGAUCUUCCCCACCUCAGACUUCCGACACAGUGUGGUCACCCCGGCUAUGUUGUUCAUGGCACAGAUCCUCACAAAGUGCCCAGUGACUUCUGGGAGAGAUGUUGCCUGUGGACUGUUUGUUUGUACAGUCUUUCUUCAGUACGUGUCGCUGUCCAAAAGAUUUGUACCUGAAGUCAUAAACUACCUGCAAGGGCUUCUCUACCUUGCUGUAAAGAAAGAAUCUAGAAAAGCUGUGGCUGCUGAAGUGGUCCCACCUUUCAAGCACACCGGUGCACAAGGAAACCUACUGGUCCUACAGGAACCAGACGACUCGGGGUCUAUGAGUAUCGAGCCCUUGCCUUUGGACUAUCUCUCCAAGAACCCAGUACAGGACACAGACACUGAUGACUUCAGGAUAAGUGCCACUCAUGCUACUCUUCAGCUCACCAAUAUGUUUGCAAACAUGUACAAGAAUCUCCCAGCAUUCCAUGAGAUUUUCUCACCAAUCAGUGACCUGCUGUCAAAACACCUGCUGUUGGCUGCCUAUCCACAAGAAGUACAGGAUGGUAGGUCCCAGUUCCUCCAGCUUGUGACAGACCACCACAGUCAGGCCACAUACCCUCCCCUGCAGUAUGAGAAACUCAAGCCCAAACCACUCAAGUUGUACGAACCCAAGUUUGAUGAGGACUACAACCCUGAGCGUAAGAUGAAGGGGAGCCGUAAACAGAAGGAGAAGGAGCGGCUGCUGAAGAUGCACAAGAGGGAGAUGAAGGGAGCUGUGAGGGAGAUCAGGAAGGAUGCCCAGUUCCUGGCCAGACAACAGCUCCAGGAGCAGAUGGACAAGGAUGCAGAGAGGAAGAGGAAAGUGAAGGAGAUCAUGCAUCACCUCUCCAGCCAGGAGGGCGAGUGUAAACAAAUCGCCAAGAAGAAAAUCAAAAUUAUGUAAGAAAAACACCUGUAAUGUAAUUAACAUUAAGUAAUAGAAAUGGAAUAGUAUCCUUAUUAGCACUUAAAUGGCAAGUGCCUUUUUGCAAACUGUAUUGUAUAACCAUUGUGAUGACAACCUUUAUUUAGUCUGCUGAAAAUACAGCAGUCAGCCCCCGUCAAAGUUUGUGCUAAAGUAAAACUUUUCAAACAU